AUGUCGACAAACUCUCUUCAGCUCGGGGAGUAUCUCGAGAAGCUCCCCGGCACCACAUUCCGCAAGCUCUAUCAGCAGCCCUCGACAGCCUUUGCCAUCUUUCGCCGGAUGCUCCCCAACCUUGGUAUGCGACCAGUCUCCCCAUUGCUUUGGUUACAACGCUCCUCCCUCUCCGUCCUCCGCAGCCUCCACAUCAUCACCAUAUCCGCCCCCGGCAAAGGCAAGAAGCAAGAAAUCCAACUCACCACCAACUUCAAAAACUCCUUCCGCCUCGCCCUCGACGGCGGCGGCGACCACAACUCCUUUGGCGUCUCCUCCUCCCUCCCCGUCCCUCCCGAAGUCGACUCCCCUUUCCUCGAACGCUACGCCCGCAAGAAGUGGGACGACAUCCUCCACUUCGUCGUCAACAGCGUCGGGAGCCGCUCCGGCUUCGACCCCAACGCAGGCGGCGGCGGCGGCAGCGGCGGCGGCGGGAGCAGCGGGCCUAAGCAGUCCGUCAAGGAGCUCCUCCUCGCCGGCCGCCUCGUCGAGCGCAGGGCCGGCAGCCACGGAGGGCCCUCGGGCGUCGGCAUCACCCAGGCCGGCUUCACCUUCCUCCUCCAAGAAGCCAACGCCCAAGUCUGGACCCUUCUCCUCCUGUGGCUCGAGGCCGCCGAACGCUCCGGCGCCGGCCAGAGCGUCGACAUGCUCUCCUUCCUCUUCCUCCUCGCCAGCCUCGAGCUCGGCCGCGCCUACGACACCAACGCCCUCACCGAGGAGCGCCGCAACAUGCUGCCCUUCCUCGUCGACAUUGGUCUCAUCUUCAUCCCCUCCCACAAACCCCAGCAGUACUUCCCCACCCGCCUCGCCACCACCUUGACCUCGUCCUCCUCCUCCCUCCGCACCGUCUCCGAGGGCUUCGCCGCCAUGCGUUUCCACGAAAUGGUUUCUGGCCGCCUCUCCCGCGAGUCCAUUCGCCGUGCCAUCUCCUACGGCAUCACCGCCGACCAAAUCAUCAACUACCUCGCCGCCCACGCUCACGACCAGAUGCGCCGCAAAGCCCUCGCCGCCAACAAGCCCGUCUUGCCACCCACCGUCGUCGACCAGGUCCGCCUCUGGCAGCUCGAAAACGAGCGCAUGAAGACCACCAGCGGCUUCCUCUUCAAAGACUUUGACGACCUCAAAGAGUAUGAAGCCUGUGCCUCGUACGCUACCGAGGUCGGUGUCUGCGUCUGGCGCAACGACAAGCGCGCCAUGUUCUUCGCGAGUAAGCACGAACAGAUUCGCGAUUUCCUUAGGCUGAGGAAGAGAGCAGACUAG